AUGUAAUUUUUCGCUACUUCGUUAGCUACAUUAAGCUUGCGACUAGCUAGAAUCUUACAUAUAUAUUGUGAACCAUAUUGAUAGUCCAUGUGUAGGAAAUCUGUCUUUGCAUCUUCUCUAAAGCUGUAUUUCCAGGUGCAUCUACAGGUCUGGAGAGAAUGUCUACUCUGCCAACCCCACAGCUCAGUUUCCCUCAUGUAUUCCGCUGCAAAUCAGUGUCCUCUAGAAGACGCCGAUUUCUAGCCUGUGAACUCUGCAACCGGACGUGGUCAUGGAGGAAUGGGAGUAAAGAUGUACAUACUUUUCUUGUCCGGGGGAAAGAUUUAUCAAAUGAAGCCGGACGAGGUGAUUACAUGAAGUUAUUGCCUCAACCAUGUGUGCAAAAUGAUGCAUUAGAACCGGAAGCCCUUGAUGAGGAUUUGCCUGUUUUGGAGAAUAGCAAGAUAGAAGAGUCCAUCGACUACGUUAAACAGAUGUUGGGUUCAAUGGAUGAUGGACGAAUAAGUGUGUCAGCCUAUGAUACGGCAUGGAUUGCCCUUAUUCGAGACCUUCAAGGGCGUGAUAUUCCUCAAUUUCCUUCCAGUCUUGACUGGAUUUCAAAUAACCAACUCUCUGAUGGAUCAUGGGGGGAUGAACAAUUUUUCUUGGCAUAUGACCGGCUACUUAAUACGCUAGCGUGUGUAGUUGCAUUGACAACAUGGAAAAUUCAUGCUGAUAUGAUCCAAAAAGGACUAUCGUUUAUUAAGGAGAAUGUAUGUAAGCUUGAAGAAAGCAAUGCUGAGCACAUGACUUGUGGAUUUGAAGUUGUGUUUCCUGCCCUUCUGCAGAGAGCUAGAGAUUUGGGCAUCCUUGGUAUCCCAUAUGAUGCUCCAGUCAUACGACAGAUCUGUGUUGUAAGAGAUCGAAAGAUGGAAAGGGCGCCUAUAGAACUGAUGCACAACGUACCGACAUGUCUACUAUACAACUUGGAAGGACUGGAAAACCUGGAGUUGGAGUGGCCAAAAUUACUGAAGCUGCAGACACCAAAAGGGACAUUUUUGACUUCCCCAGCGGCUACUUCCUUUGCAGUCAUGGAGACUAAGGAUGAAAAUUGCAUCACAUUUAUCAACUAUGUUGUGAAUAAGUUCAACGGAGGAGCACCAACGGUAUAUCCUGUGGACAUUUUUGCACGGCUUUGGGCAGUGGAUCGGCUGCAACGCCUUGGAAUUUCCCGUUUCUUUGCACCAGAAAUCAAGAACUGUUUGGAUCACGUUUAUAGAUUCUGGACAGAGAAAGGCUCGUUUAGUGCAAGAGAGUCUGAAUUUUGCGACAUUGACUGUACAUCCAUGGGUUUCAGACUUCUAAGAUUGCAUGGAUAUAAUAUUAGCCCAAAUGCGUUAAGCAACUUCAAGAAGGAUGAUGAGUUCACAUGCUAUGUUGGUCAAGGAUUUGAAUCUCCAUCUCCAAUCAUUAAUCUCUAUAGGGCGUCUCAGGUCCUAUUUCCAGGGGAAACUAUUCUUGAACAAGCCAGGCAGUUUUCUUACAAUUUUCUACGAGAAAGGCUGCGAAAAAAUCAGCUUCUAGAUAAAUGGUUAAUAUCCAAACACCUUCCUGAUGAGAUAAAGUGUGGGGUAGAGAUGCCCUGGUAUGCAACCCUACCCCGCGUGGAGACCCGCUUUUAUGUUCAGAAUUACGGCGUUGAUGACAUAUGGAUCGGCAAAUCAUUGUACAGGAUGCCGGAAAUUAAUAAUGAGGCCUAUCUGGAGCUGGCAAAGUUAGAUUACAACAAAUGUCAGGCACAACACCAGAUGGAAUGGAACCGUAUGGAACAAUGGUAUGAAGAUUCCGGUCUUGAAGAAUUUGGGAUAAGCAAGAAGGAACUUCUGCUGUACUAUUUCUUGGCCAGUGCGAGCAUAUUUGAACCAGAGAGGUCAGGAGAAAGAUCUGCCUGGGUUAAGUCCCAGACUGUUUGCACCCUUCUUUCAUCCUGUUAUUUCAGUAAAGAAGAAGCUGAAUCCUCAGAGCAAAGCAUUGAAUUCGGAAAUGGACAACCGAGAAACUGGGGACACGGUUGUAAGUAUGUAAAAGGACUCAUUACAAUCUUGUUUGAAACACUAAGGGACCUCAAGAGCCAUGCACAAGAACGCACUGGCAGAGACAUCAGUAACCUAUUACUUGAUGCUUGGGGUGUAUGGUUAAACAAGCAACGCCGAGGAGAUGAUGAAAUCCAAGCAGCAGAGCUGCUAGUUUCGACAAUAAACAUUUGUUCUGGGUACAUUGUCUCUGAGGAGACAUUGUUCAAAAACGAAUACAACACUCUAUCUGACCUCACCAACAAGAUCUGUUGCCGACUUCGACAGCUCGAAAAGGAAAACGUGAGCGGCAUGGAAUGGAACAAAGAGAGGAAUUGUUUCAGUAAGUACGUGGAAAUUGAGAAGGACAUGCAGUUGCUGGUGAAGUUAGUCCUGCAGGAAUCCUCCAAUGGCAUAAGUAAAGAUAUAAAGCAAACAUUUCUAAUGGUUGCCAAAACCUUUUACUAUAGGGCCUAUUUUGCUACUGAACAAAUUGACAAGCAUGUCUCCAAAGUACUCUUCCACCCAGUUUUGUAAUUCUUCCCACAACUUUUGCAUAUCCAUUAGUUGUCAGUGAAUGAAAUCUACUGCA